UGCUCAUUCAACAAAUACAUCAGUGUCUAAUGAUGUAGUACAUUAUGGGAUAGGGUCAUCCGAACAAGCCGCAGGAGGUCACGGCGCGGUGGGAGGGAUAGCUGGACCUAAUGUCAAGCAGAAAAUUCAAACGACAAAGAAAACAACAGAUCAUCAAGUUACUCAAAUACCCAUUUCAUCCUGA